AUGUCCAUCGGGGGCAUAAGUAAUAUACCAAUAAAAAUAGCUCAACAAACGCAAGCAACCAUUCAAUCGCGCGUGAAUGAAUUUAAGACCGAUCUUCAUUUCUUAAUUAUUGAUAAAAUCACAGAACGAUUGCCGAUACACAAAAUAAAUAAAACAGCGUUAGAUAUUCCAAAUAAUUUAGAACUAGCAGAUCCAACAUGCCAUAUUCCCAGCGACGUAGACAUGUUAUUGGGAGCCUCUAUAUUUUGGGACCUCAUAAGUGGAGGACAAGUCAGAGGAUCAAAUCAAUCCAUCGUUUUUCAAGAAACACGUCUAGGAUGGAUCGCUGCGGGUCCAAUGGAAACGACCAAUGCAUGUCAGCAGAAAAGGUCGUAUUGCGGGAUGACUACAACUUUACACAAGCAAUUAGAAAAAUUCUGGAGCAUAGAGGAGAUGGUGCAAUCACCACCCGUUUCGGAGGAAGAAAAAAUAUGUGAACAGCAUUUUCUAGAAACACAUGCCAGGGACUCUGAAGGGAGAUUCAUAGUGCAGCUACCGCUGAAGGGCAACAUAGAUGAAUUAGGCGAAUCCAUGGAAACAGCAACAAAACGUUUCAAGGCAAUUGAGCGAAAGCUCAAACGGCAACCGGAACUCAAACAGACCUAUAGCAGCUUCAUAUCAGAAUACCUAAACCUAAAUCAUAUGGAAGAAGUAUUGCAAAAGGACGCACAAUGCAAAUUAUCUUACUAUCUUCCGCAUCACGCAGUUACUAAGGAAGAUAGCGAAACAACAAAGGUCAGAGUAGUAUUCGACGCAUCUUGUAAAAGCUCCACUGGAAUAUCAUUAAAUGACUGCCUAAGGGUCGGACCCACCAUACAACAGGAUCUGUUUAGCAUCAUUCUCCGCCUGCGUCAGCACCGAUAUGCAAUGUCUGCAGACAUUGCAAAAAUGUAUCGACAAGUCAAAGUUAUUGAUGAGCACACUCAUUUGCAACGGAUUCUUUGGAGAUGGAAUGAAGAUGAGCCUAUUCGCACGUUUCGCCUCAAAACAGUCACGUACGGCUUAGCCUGUUCGUCCUUUCUAGCCAUUAGAUGCCUUCAGGAAAUAGCAUCGCAACAUCAAAAAGAAUGUCCUGAAGCAAGUAGGGCCAUAUUGAACGACUUCUACGUAGACGACCUACUAACGGGGGCAUCCACAGUCAAAGAGCUCAAGCAGUUAAGACAAAGUACAACUAAAAUACUAAACAGUGCUGGAUUCGAACUGCGAAAAUGGAGGUCCAACAUACCGGAAAUUAGCGAUAAGAAUACUUCCAGCAAUUCCAUGGUGGAGAUUGGCGAACCUACAAAAAUACUAGGAUUACAUUGGGACGUAAAUCAAGACGUAUUUCAAUACAGAUUGCGGCUGUCAGAAGAAACAAGCAAAAUCACCAAACGUAAGGUGUUAACUCAAGUGUCGCAAAUAUACGACCCCCUCGGAUGGUUAGGGCCAAGCAUAGUCAAAGCGAAAAUAUUGCUACAACGCUUGUGGCAAACCAAUAAAGGUUGGGAUGAGCCAAUCUCAGGAGAAAUGUUGGAAAUGUGGAAGCAGUGGAGAUCUCAAAUUCACAACGUUCAACAAAUUUCAAUACCCAGGAGGGUAUUAGAGAACCAACAAGAUCGAACAGAACUACAUGGGUUUUGUGACGCAUCUGAAGCGGCAUAUGGUGCUUGCUUAUACAUUCGCAGUAGCACGGACGAAAACACAUACAUCACAAGGCUACUAUGCGCCAAAUCUAGAAUAGCUCCCUUAAAAAAGGUAUCACUGCCUAGAUUAGAAUUAUGUGGAGCAGUUUUAUUAGCACGCCUUUCCGAAAAGGCUUCACAAGCAUUGAACAUCACUGUUCAUAAUACAUACUACUGGAGCGACUCAACGAUAACUCUAUCAUGGAUCGGGAACGAGCCUAACAAAUGGCAUACAUUCGUCGCAAAUAGGGUCGCUGAGAUACAGCGCAUCACCAACAAGGCAGCAUGGUACUAUGUAAAAUCAGAGGACAAUCCCGCUGAUCCACUAUCAAGGGGAAUCAGCCCUGACAAAUUAAAGUCACAAACAAUCUGGUGGGAAGGUCCAAAAUUCCUGCAGCGCAAUACGAAAAUGCAGCCAUAUGAUUGCAAGGGCAACGAAGGUCACACGCCUGAAGGACGCAAGGUGAAUCCAACAAUUCUCGCGUCAGUUGAACUUAGUUCUAUCAUUGAAAGGUUUUCAUCACUCGCUAAAUUAAAGCGAGUAAUAGCUUAUUGUCUUAGAUUCAAAAACAAUUCAUUAAAAACCGCAAAUCAAACCAGCGGACCGUUGACGGUAAAAGAGUUAGGAUCAGCAAUAUCGGCAAUCGUUAAGGUCUGUCAGGCAAGUGAAUUUUCACAAGAGUUAAAAGAUCUCCAUAAAAAUAAUAGAGUAGAUAUAAAAAGCAAACUCUCAACGUUACACCCAUUCAUCGAUUCUAGCGGUACCAUUCGUGUGGGGGGGAGGCUCCGUCACGCACCAAUAGGAUAUUCACAAAAGCACCCUAUCGUAUUACCGCAAAAGCAUCAUCUCACCGAGUUAAUUAUAAGGGACACGCAUUAUAAAAACUUGCAUGCAGGACCACAAGCGGUCCUAGCGGCAAUUCGUAAUGAUUUUUGGCCAAUAGCUGGUAGGAGCGAAGUACGUAGAGUACUGAGAAAAUGUAUCGUCUGCUUUCGUGCCAGGCCAACAAACCCGAAUCAAUUGAUGGGAGAUCUGCCAGCGGUUAGGGUCACUCAGGCCAGAGCGUUUCUUAAUACUGGUAUAGAUUAUGCUGGCCCAUUUAGUAUAAAAAUAACAAGAAACAAGACGGGUAAAGCCUAUCUAGCGAUUUUUGUAUGCUUGGCCACAAAGGCUGUACAUUUUGAAUUAGUGUCUGACUUAACUGCUACGGCUUUUCUCAAUGCUCUGAAGAGAUUCAUCUCCCGAAGGGGAAAAUGUAUCGCGUUAUAUUCGGACAAUGGCACUACGUUUGUAGGCGCCAACAACCAAUUAGUAGAUUUAAAGAAGCAUCUCUUAAAAGAGACUACUCAAAAACAGAUACACGAGUACUUAGCAGAGCAAUUUAUAGAAUGGAAGUUCAUUCCACCAUAUUCCCCACACGUGGGAGGAAUAUGGGAAGCGGCGGUGAAAUCGGCAAAGACGCAUAUGAGAAAAAUCGUUGGCACCCACUUGCUAUAUUUUGAGGAAUUGUAUACUAUCCUCACGCAGAUAGAAGCGUGCCUUAACUCAAGGCCCAUUACUCCGAUCUCCGAGGACACCACCGAUUUUGAAGCGCUGACGCCAGGUCACUUUAUCAUAGGUGAAGCGAUCACAGUUAUUCCAGAUCGCGAUUUUAACCAAACACCAUCAAAUCACUUAACACGCUAUCAAGUACUGUCACAAUUAAAACAGCAUUUCUGGAAGCGAUGGUCGUCCGAAUACAUGUCACAAUUACAACAGCGAUUUAAAUGGAAAACUCGUAAAUGUUUAAAAUUAAAGAUAGGCACCAUGGUGCUCGUUAAGGAUGAAAGGACGCCUCCAAUGAUUUGGCCUUUAGGCCGCAUCACUGAAGUACAUCCGGGGCCCGACGGAAUUAUUCGUCUAGUUACUGUGCGUACUAAACAAGGGUCAAGCAAACGAACUUUACCCAAAAUUUGUAUCCUACCGCUAAACGACAAUGUAACCGCUUAA